AUGUUUAAGGUUCUUAUUGCACUUAAAUCCUAAUAAUAAUUCAAGUGUUCAGUGACAAUGGCAGGGAAGACCAAAGUGAUAACCCUACCAUAAUCUGAAGGAUUAACAUUUAAUGUAGACUAAUUAAGCGCAAUCUAGUUAAAAUACAAUGAUGAAAUCUUUCGAAUUCAAAUGAAUGAGGAUAUCACUGAGACAACUGGUGAGUAUAAAUUUACAAAUGUUAGCGGCUAAUACUUUAUUGUGUUGAUAUAGGAUGUUGAGAAACCAUUUAAAUUAAACAUAAAAUAAAAUGCCUAAACAUCAGAAUCGCCUCUGAAGAAAAAUGAUACAGAAAGGAGUCUGACUGCGAGCAAUAAGAAAAUAAGCUUUAAGACUCCGACAAAUAGAUAGAAAUCUGAAUCUAAUUAAAAAUUGAUACAAUCCUUUGUUUUAGGAGAUAAUCUUAUGGAAUAAUUGAAAUAGGAGAAUAAAGAACUCAAAUAAAGAAUAAUUGAGCUUGAAAAUUAAGUGAUGACGUUGUAAGAAAAAAAUGAAUAAAGAAGUGAUAAGAUUGAUUAAUCCAAAUAGGAAGUUUCAGCAAAUGAUAUAAGAAAUGAUUUUUAAAAUCUGUUAAGGUUACAGUAAAGAUAAGCUCAAGAGAACAAAUAAUUACUUAAGCAAUUGAUGGAUUUAGAUACUAAUUAUUAAGAAUUGCUAGAAAAAAAAUCGUUGGUUGAUUAGGAAGUAACAAAAUUAAAAUAAACUAUCAGCUAAUUUGAUUGUCAAAUAACUUAAUUAAAAAGCAGAUUAACAUAAUUUGAAAUAGAUGGGUUAAGUCAAAACAUUUAAUUAAAUUUAUAAAUUGCAUAACCAAUAGAGAAUGAUGAAAUAGUGGACAACUUAAUUAAACUCAUAUUAAAAAUGAGAGCAACUGGAUCCCAAUACAUUCCUAUUAAGGAAGACAAAUUGGACUCCAAAUUAGCAUAGAUUAUUGCUAAAGAUCAUACUUAACAAUACCAAUUUAUUCGAUUGAAAUAAGGUUUAUAUUUGAUAGGAGAGGAUUAAUAUUAAUUAUUUUUGUAAGAUAAUAAGAUUAUGAUUACAACUGAAGAUGGCGUGUCAUAACUUUAAGAUUUUAUUAAGAGUCGAAAAAGAGUAAAAUCAAUUAAUGUUCGUAAAGCUUGA